ACAGCGUAGCUCCCUCCAUACAACAUGGGUGCCGCGGCGGGAAAGGAAGACCAGCCGUAUGAAGCGAGGUCGGAUCCCCCGGGGGUCGUGCAGGGUCGAGGCCGUCUCAGGCCGAGCCGGGUGGAAUCGUCCGUGCCUUCUCCCCGCCUUCCCGUCGGCGGUGACCGGAAGAAAAUCCAUUGGCCGAAUCGUCUUCCGGAUGAAGCGGACAGUGGAGACGAGGGGGAGAGUUCUGGUAAAGUACGCUUCAACGAGGAAAUCCGGACCGAACUCAUCCGAGAUGGGGAGGAGGAAGAGGAGGAGGUGGUGAGCGAGCUGGAGGCGACCUUGAACAGCCUCGGGGUGAUGCCGGGUUCGAAUACGAGGUCGAUGGAGAAAGAAAGAAGACCCCAGACCAGGCGGACCUCCAGGACUCGGACGAUCCGAAGGGACAGCAGGCAGAUCCUUCCCCAAGGGCUUCCACUACAGAGACGUCUUUCGACUCAGCAGCCUUCCGAUCGAAAGGGAAGCCUCGACCUCGACCCCUUCUCCCCUCCGAUCGCGAUGGAGAGCGAAUCUGUGCACCGUGGCCUUUCCUACGUGGAUUUCAUCCCCGAACGCGUUGAAGAAGGCGGCUUCUUCUCCAUGCCCAAAUACGAAACCUUCAGCGUCCUGAUGGAAAGAGGCAACGAUUGGCUGGCGAGGAAUCCCAGCUGGGAGACUGUCACGUGCGAGAGCAUGGAGUUCAAAACCACAGAUCGGGUCCAGUCCGAGAGGAUGACGUACUACGAACCGGGGGAGAGACGCACUGCUUAUGUCAGGUGUUUGAGGCUAUGGUUGAGGCGACGGAAGGACUCGAACGCAGCGCCGCAACAGCUGCAUUACGUCAAUUGUGUCCCCGAUCUCAUGGACGAGAAGAUGUUUGGGGGUCCCAAGUUCCAGCCUCUCAACAGCAUGAUCGACAAGAUGAACGAGAUGUUGCAGAAGAACCCCCUCCCGGGCAAGAUCAUCACCAUCGAAACACAGGAGAUGAAAGUGGGGACGUAUUCCGGUCGACUGGAUCCUGAUCGAUCUUACUGGAUCGAACACGGAGACGCCCAGAGGCUCUUUGUAUUCGUCAUUCGGAUAUUCUUCGAGGUCGGAUCAACUGAGCCUGGAAUCGGGGACCGACAAGAAAUCGGACUCGCUGAUUUCAGCCCUUUGUGUGAGGGAUCCGGCGGCAUGUUCAGUCAUCCCAAGUUCGAGCAGUUCAGCAGCCUGGUCGAGAGGAUGACGGCCUGGUGCCAGAGUCAAAGCAGCAUCCGAAUAUCCAACGUCCAAAGUCUGGAAUACAAACUCAAGUCCGGCCAAUUGGAUACCCAGAGGACCUCCUACACCGAGCAUGGGAAUGCCACGACGUACUACGUCCGGAUCCUCCGUGUGGCAUACGUCCGAGCUGGAGAAGCCCGUCUCCAUCCCUACAUUGUCACCUGUCGCACUUUUUCUCCUGCACAACUCGAUCGAGGAGGGAUGUUUGCAGUGCCAGAAUAUGAGAGCAUGUCUCAGACAAGGGACCGAAUUGCAGCAUGGGUGGGGGUUACUGGAGCUAGACUGAUCAGUGCAGAAACCUCCGCUAUACGAAUGUUCACUGGUGGAGAAAGAGAGAUGGGACCUGAAGCGACGUACACCUUCAACCGAGGAGAUGCCAAUGAAUACUGGAUCUAUAUCAUCCGACUUUAUCUUGAUGGGGAAUACAAGGAGCCACCUCAGGAGCUCUUACCACCCAUUCCCCAGAUCCAAGAAGACUCCUGCUGCAACAUACUUUGAAUCUCUUUCCCUCUCACUGCAUGUAUGAGAGGCCUGCAUGUGCUAUGAUAUGCAAUGCACCUUACACCUAUCCCAUGACUUGAAAGAGCCUUUCAAUGCACAUUCAAGUGGUGCAGAAUUUACAAAAGGGUGUAGCCUUACUAUCAUUUUUAUCAUAUCAGUUGCAUAUCUGGAUAAAAUUUCUGUGACUGAC